AUGUCCAAAUUUCUUCAACUUCCCCAAGAGAUUCAUACAGAAAUUAUUUCAUACUUGUCUCCGUUUUAUGAGUUAGCUGAAAGAAAAUUGCAUGAACAAUAUUUCCAUCAAUUAAAAAACUCCAUUCCGAAUGUAUUAAGUUUCCGAUUGAUUCAUCCAAAUUAUUCGAAAUUUAUUGCAAAAUACAUUGAUGAAUUUUGUUGGAUUUUUGUUGGUGUGAUAUUUGAUCAGUAUUCGAUAUCAGUAGAAUCAAAAGAAAUGGAAUCUUUGCAUGUUUUUGAUAAAUUCGCCAAGAUUGGAGUUGUUAAAAGUUUAGGUUACUUUAUUCAUUUGAUUCGAACAAGAGAAAAACAAGGGAAAAUAUUUAGAAAAAAAUUUGAUACACCAAUUAUUGAGCUGUUAGUGAUUGGAAGGGGAGGCAGUGGAAAAUCCUCAAUCAUAACAAGAUUUAUAUAUGGGCAAUUCUUCCUAGAAUAUGACCCUACCGGUUAUGAUUCGUACAAACGAACAAUCUCUGUGGAUGAUGAAGAGGAAACUGUAAACUUUUUGGAUACGUGUAGUGAGGAAGAAACUGAUUAUUAUUGGAAAAAUUGCAUGUUCGAUGUUUUGAUUCUUGUUUGCUCAAUGAUAGACCAGAAAAGUUUGGAAGAAUUGAAAAUAUUGAUAAGUAAAUUUGUAGAUAGGAAGGGAAAGAAUGCUCCCUGUAUGAUUGCCAUGAACAAAUGUGAUCUCCCUGAUAGGUAUGAAAUUAAUUUGGAAAUGGUACAAGAAGUUGUAAAAGAAUUUGAAUUGACUAAUUGUACAAUUUUGAAAACAAGUGCAAAAACAAAUGAAAAUAUUGAUAAAUUAGUGGAAGAAUGUGUUAGAAAGUUUCGAGUACGUAUUGAUGAUCCAAAAAAAGUGCUGGAAGAGGUAUUAUCUCUACAUAAAAAAAAGAAAGGCUGUUUGAUGGUGUAA